AUGUCGUCUUGGGAGCAAUUGAAAACCGAAGAUGGACAGGUAUACUACUACAACAAAGAGACAGAGGAAACAAGUUGGACUCUACCGGAGGGCGAAGAAGCUAGUGUAUCUAGCAGUGGCUGGCAAGAGUACACGACCGAUGACGGGAAGACGUAUUACUACAAUGAGUCAACAGGUGAAACAACAUGGGAUAAACCCGACGGCUUUGUUGAAGGCACUCUUCUGAGCGAAAACGAACAACACAAAGAAGAUAAACCAGAAGAAAAAGUAGAAGAAGAAGAUGCAAUUGACGCGGCGCUCAAACAAGAACGUGUUGAAUUACCUUCCAAUAUGACGACGCUGAGUGAUACCGCGCAAGAGGUAGAAGAAGAUGAGCAGGCAUUUGUUCAAUUAUUGAAAGACAACAAUGUCGAUUCGACGUGGUCCUUCCAAACGGUUAUGCGAAAAUUGGUCAGUAAGCCAGGAUACUGGGCCGUCAAUAGUCCCAUCAAGAGAAAGUCCUUGUACGAGAAGUAUCUUGUUCAAAGAUUUGAAGAUGAAAUCAGAAACAAAACUGAUGUAAUUGAACAAUUCAAGGAGAACUUUAUUAACGAGUUGGGGAAAUUGAAAAAGGAUGGGAAACUCGGUCAUUACACUAGAUGGAUAAGCCUACGAAGAAGAUUUGUUGAGGAGGAGAACCCCAUUUUCAAACAUGCCAUGUUGCCAGACUUGGAUAUGGCGAGGAUGUUUUACAAGUACAUGACCGAGAUGCAAAAAGAGCACGAUGGUGAAGUUCAACAACAAAAACAACAAGCUACUGAUGAGCUAUAUCGUUAUCUCCAUCUGGUCAACAAUUCUUUGGUCCAGAAGGCUUUCGAUUUCCAGAAUCUUUAUGAUAGUUUGAUGGAGGAUCCACGGUUUAAGCAAAAUAAGCAUUUCUCUAUUUUGGACAAGUUGGAUAUACUCAAUUUGUACGAGUCGAAAUUGUACCCGGAAUUAAUCGAAAGUUUAAAGAAGCAAAUUGAAACUCAAGACAAGGUCAAUUAUCGAAACGACCGAAAAGCGCGCCAAAAGUAUCGCUCGUUGAUUGAAACUCUUCCCUUGGAUGCCAAAAGCAAGUUCAGUGAGAUUUUCGAACACUUGGAAAAUGAAGAUGCAUUUAUUGACUUGUGUGGCAGGAAUGGGUCGAGUCCAUUGGAGUUGUUUUGGGAUGUUAUUGAUGAAAAGAAGCAGUUGAGGAAAGUUCGUAAAGAUUUGGUUGAAGCUGUGAUUAAUGACUUGAAAAAGAAAGGCGAAGUUGGCCAAGGAAUAUGGGCGUCCAAGAGCUCAUUCUUAGAGAAACUCAAGCUGGUGGAGGACGAUAGACUACUGCAAUUUAAUUUUGAGGAGAAUGAAUCCAUUGAUGAGAUUUAUGAAAUUUACGAAACAUUGAAGGAUGAACAUGAGACGAAGCAACGGAUAAUUAGGAAAAGAGGGGUUUCACAAGUUGAUUUGGGUGGCUCUGGUGGUAUGCCACCCCCAGCAAAGAAACCAACAACUAAGCAGUCUCAAUCUUUGAAACCGUACUUGACAGCCGUCAGAUCCUCGCUCACUGCCGCUGUAUGCUUACAAGACUUUUCAUCUCAAUUAGUAGAACGUCAUAACCGGCCCGAAGUUGAAGUGACAAACGUACACGAUGCUGAGCUCAUUCUCAACCCAAUGCACAUCUCACGUAACGAAAAUGAACAGAUUUUAAUUGAGCCUAGUAUAAAUUCCGUUCGAGUAUCGAUCAAGAUCAAACAGGCUGAUGAAAUUGAACAGAUUCUCGUGCACAAGUUCACGAGGUUUUUGACUUCGAGAGCGGAGAGUUUUUUCAUCUUGAGACGGGUUCCUAUCAAAGGGUACGACAUUAGUUUCUUAAUUACUAAUUUCCAUACUGAGCAGAUGCUAAAGGAUAAAUUGGUUGAUUUUAUAAUUGAGUUUAUGGAGGAUGUUGAUAAGGAGAUUAGUGAGAUGAAGUUAUUUUUAAAUGCGAGAGCCAGAGUUGUAGCCGAAUCAUUCUUGAUACCCUUUGAUUAA